AUGGUUCGCUUGAUGAAAAUAAAAUCAGAGGAUACGUUCUAUGACUUCGGUUGUGGUAACGGAUCUGUUUUGUUUCAGGUUGCUUUUCUAACUGGUGCUCGCUGUGUCGGUGUCGAAAUCAGUGAGCACAAUGCCAAAGUUGCAAGGGCCGCUUGGGAGCGCCUCAAACCUGAACUAGAGUCUUUUUCUGGAAAAAAAAUGCCCGAGGUUGAGAUAAUUACUGCCGACAUGACAAAAAUUUUAGCCGACAAAACAAUCUUCAAUGAAGAUAAUGGAAGGACAGCAAUACUACUUUCAAAUUUGUUAUUUCCCAAAUCGUUGACCCAUUACCUUUCGGAGCGUUUCAGGCAGAUUCCACGUGGGGCAAGAAUACUUUGUUUUGAUGACCUUUACCCGCAUAGCCGUUCGGUUGCCGCGAUUCGUGACCCAGAGGCUUUUGCGUUUUUCUCCAUGACUGACUACCGUUGGCAGGAGCGCAGCGUGGAGUGGUGCUCAAUGGAAGGACCGUUUUAUAUCCAUCAGCGAAGGUAG